AUGGAGACUGGAGUUCCAAAGAGAAGGGCCAACCAAUCCCAAACUCAACCCCUCAAAAAACAAAGAGUUGUUUUGGGUGAACUUUCCAAUUUGCCCAAUCUCAUUGUUCCUCAACCUAAACCCCUCAAUAAAGCACCCACCACUAACAAGAAUUUGAACAAAACUGUUGACAAUGUUGUUGAUUCAAAAUCAAACAUCAAUGGCCUUGUUGUUUCCGAGAUCUAUAAAUAUCUUCGCAAGUUGGAGAUGGAGAUGCGAAGAACAGUGUUUGACUACAUUGAGAGAGUUCAGACAGAGGUUACUACUAACAUGAGAGGAAUAUUGGUGGAUUGGUUAGUAGAGGUUGCGGAAGAGUACAAGCUUCUUUCGGAUACCCUUCAUCUUGCGGUUUCGUAUAUUGAUCGGUUUUUAUCGGUUAAUCCAGUGAGUAAACCAAAGCUUCAGUUGCUGGGUGUUUCCUCCAUGCUUAUUGCAUCGAAAUAUGAAGAAAUUAAUCCACCCCACGUGGAAGAGUUCUGUUUCAUCACUGAUAACUCAUAUAACAAAGCAGAGGUGGUAAGUAUGGAAGCUGACAUACUCAAGUCCCUAAAUUUUGAACUGGGCAACCCCACUGUUAAGACAUUUUUAAGGAGGUUUACUGGGAUUGCUUGUGAGAAUAAAAAGGCUCCAAAUUUGCAGUUUGAGUUUAUGAGUUACUAUCUUGCCGAGCUAAGUUUGUUGGACUAUUAUUGUUUGAGGUUCUUGCCUUCUUUGGUGGCUGCAUCUGUAAUAUUUCUUGCUAGAUUUAUCAUUUGGCCUGAACUUCAACCUUGGACAUCAGCUCUGUGUGAAUGCUCUGGGUAUAAAUCAGUUGACUUAAAAGAGUGUGUUCUCAUCUUGCAUGACUUGUACAUGGCAAGGAGGGGUGGGUCUUUCCAAGCUACAAGGGAGAAAUACAAGCAACACAAGUUUAAACACGUAACGAACCUGCCUGCGCCUCGACAUGUACCUUUUUAUCUCUUUGAGCAAUAG